AUGAAUAUGAAUUUUUGCGAUUCACAAUCAGGUGUUGGAUAUUGUACGACUAGAAGUAAAUUUGUAGGAGUUUUUUGUCAACAAAGUGGAGAUGUAUUUAGUGAUUGUCUUUUUAGAAAUCGUAUCAAUUGUACUGAUAUUUACUCUGUUAAUCCGUCAUCAUGUAUUGCCAAGAGUAAAUGUAAUGAAGAGGCUAAAUGUUUAAACUUUUUUUGUAGUUCACCUUUAAUACCAUCCUCAUUUUGUAAACCAAAAGAAUGUAAUCUUUCAAUAUUUAAUCUCACUGUAGUUUAUUAUUCUUUUUCAACUUCCCCAUCGUUAACGAUUUCAUUUUAUAAUAUAAACUUAAUAAUAGCGAUAUUGUUAAUAAUAAAUAAUUUGUUAUACUAA